CCAACCUUUGAUGUCACUUUCUCGUCCUUGAACUGCACCAUUUCCAACCCUCCGAGCUUGCUCAGACUACACACGACAAAUCGCAGAGAACCUCGUCCAAUAUCGCAGCCAUGGCGGCUAGGCAACCAGUCUUCAACCAGACGGCUCUCUACGAUACCACCCCCCUACCGGACAACAUUCCAAAGGUCAAGGAGGUUGGUGCCACAUCUGCGCCUCUUCUCUCAGCUGCGUUCUUCAUCGGUGCCCGAUGUCAACCCUACAACGAUGACUUCAUGCAAUGCAAGAAUGAGAACCCCGGCAGGGGAGAGUUGGAAUGUUUGAAGGAAGGCCGAAGAGUAACAAGAUGCGCCUCCAGUGUGAUUGGCGACAUCAACACCCACUGUCUGGAGGAGUUCCGCAAGCAUUGGCAGUGUCUGGAUGACAACAACCACCAGCUAUGGCAGUGCCGGAAGCAAGAGUGGAAGCUCAACAGCUGCGUAUAUACCAACUUAAAACUGGAAAAGACCAUCCCCGGUGCCCCGAAGAACGAGAUCCCGGUCCAUCUCCGGACAACCCAGAUCUACGCCCACUACCCUAUUCUAAGAGACCGCGGCCAAAAGCCGUUCGGAAAGGCCAUCGAAUCGCCUUCAGCACAAGCCGCUCAGGCCGAUGCGCCAGCAGCAUAAGAAAGCUUUGGUUUGGCUGGGAAUUAGAGGCGUUAACAUUACUCGUGUAAAUAAGCAAGAAAUGAGGCCAGGUUAACACAACGUUUACUAAAGGGCCUUGAUUCAGUUACCAUUGGUACCGAUGUGUCCAUGGUUACUAUAUUCAAUAUGCGAUUCCGUUGAUCAAGCAUUUCAAUAUGGGACGCAGAGUCACCAAUACUCGUUCUCUUGCUUUACUGUGUCGAAAUCAUGAAAAAUACCUACAGAAACGAGCUUGAUCUAUCAGACAGGUCAGCACAGAAACGUACCUACCUAGUAAUACAACUACUAGGGAACUAGAAAUUAAGGGGGCAUCAUCAUCAUUGAAAUUAC